AGGAGGGCGCGCCUUCGCCGGACGCCGGCGGCCGCGAGGCGGCCAGGGGCGAGCGAGGCGCCAGCGAGGCCGUGGUAGCAGGCAGCGAGACAGGCGCUGGGCCGGCCAGCGUGGCCGCCGCACCUGCGGACCUGGCAGCCGCCACCGCCACGGCGCCUCCCGGCGACCCCGCCGCCUCUGCGGGGCCCUUGGUGCCGCCGGCGCCCGCCGCUCCCAUGGAGAUGUUCGCGGGGCCCUGGCGGACGGAGACCGAGCGGGAGAUACUCAAGCAGCAGAAGAAGUUCCGCGAGGUCGAGAAGUUGCGCCAGCGCCUCGAGGCUGGAGAGGCGCUCGACAGGCUCCAGCGGGAGAAGGUGGCCACGGGCGAAGAGACGGGGAGAGGCGGCUCUUCGACCUGCACGCCCAGCGCGCUCGGGAGCAGUCGGCCGAGCUGGAGGCCGAGGCUGUACUUCUAGCGCAGCAGCAACAGCGGCAGGUCGCAGCUCUGCAGCAGCCCCAGGCGGUGUUCGGCGAGGAGACAGGGGCCCGCAGCAGCCCCCGCCGGCGCCGGGAGAGAAGCGGGACAGGAACCCGGCGGAAGGCGAAGGACCAGCAGCAGCAGCCUCUGCCGCCGGCAGGCCCCGCCGCGGCCGUGCUGCUCGCAGAGCUGGCGCCCCCCGCCGACCUGGCGACGAGGACGGCGCGCCGCGGGCGUCGGCUUCGACCCCGCGGGCGCGAAGAGGCAGGGCGUCGAUCCCGGCCAUGGCUUCGGCGCCCCCGCGGGGGCCCCGCUGGGCCCGUUGAUGCUGUCGGCGCCGAUGAUGCCGCCGCAGCAGCUGGGGAUGCCCCCCGCGCCGCUGGCCCCCGCGGGGCAGCCCCUGCAGCCGUUCCCAGGAGCGGGCCCCGCCCCGAACGUCAUGGGCCCCCCGCACAUGGUGCCGCUGCAGCUGCAGAUGGCCGCCCCGCCUCCCGGGGAGACCGCUGGGAGACCUGCUGGGAGUACGUGCAGACGGGCUGCUGCCCCCGGGGCCCGACGUGCCGGUGGGAGCAUCCUCCGCUGGGGCCGAUGGCCUUUGCACAAGGCAUUCAGUUCUUCCCCGGCGAGAUGAAGGAGGCCGCCGGGCCGCCCCCCUUCCUGCCGGGCAACGUGUCGCCGCUGCCGCUGGGCGCGGGACCGCCGCUGCAGUUCCAGCCCUGCGGGGCGGGGCCGCCGCCAGCCGGGCCGGGGCAGCCCGGCGGCGGCGACCUCGGCGAGCGCCAGGCCCCGGAGGCUGCCCGUGGCGCCGCGGAGGGCGCCGGCGCGGAGGCGGAGGCGGAGCUGGGUGGCGCGCGGGAGGAGGACUGAGGGCCCGGCCGCCGCCUCAGCUCGGGCGCCGCGCCCCUUUUGGCGGGUCCCCCCACCGACGCGUUUUCCGUGCGUUGGAGGACCGGGAGGGCCAUGCCCCCCUCCCUGUGAUCUUGGGCGCCCGCUCUCCCCCCCCUCGACGCAAGCCCCCUGCCCGGUGAUCCCGGGCGCCCGCGCGGGCGUCGCCCCGAGAGCCGAGGCCGGAGGCCGCCCCGGCUGCCACGCCGGCCCCCUGCCCUGCUCCCUCCACCGUGCCCCCCCGCCCCCUCUCGUGGGAGCGUAAGACCUGGGUUUGCCAGGACUCGGGUUCGCC